AUGCCAGAAUAUGGUGGUUAUGGAUAUUUAAUAAAUAUGAAUUCUGUUGAAUUUAGUAUACAAGAGUACAUAACAUUGGUUGGUAGUGAACAACUGAACCAAAAACUAAUGAUUGUAUUUAAAAAUUCAAAUGAAAUAUUUAAAGCUAAAAAUGGAUGA